CGAGCGAAUCAGGAUCCUGCCACGGAAAACGGAGGAAAAGGGGCUGGAAAACAGGAAAAGUUGCCGCCGUACCAAAGGAAACGGGACCGCGCGGGUUUUCCAACGGCGCUUCCGAGGAUACCGUCAGCCGCCAGCCAGCGAGGACACUUGGAUUUGGAACGUCGGCGGUUUUUCGAUCGUCUUCCCUUUUUGAUCGCGCCGCGCCAUCGAAAUUCGAGGUGCAGUGCGUGCGUUUUGUACGUGCGUGUUGUGUGUGUGCGCGUCUCCCGUCUCGUGAGGCAGGGUGUGCAAAAAUUGCCCGGAAAGGCGCACCCGAAAAGUGGGUGAAACAAGAAAUAUCCUGUCUGCCCCCGGGAGGGUGCUCCAAUUAGGUGUUUGUCCGCGCGAAAAGUGCAUGUCGUGUGCGUGAAGCGAAGAGGCAGCGUGGCGUUUUCGUGAAUGUCACAACGGGGGGGCUUUCCCCGCCGUCCACGGCUCUCCACAUCCAAGAGUGCGGGGAGUGCAUGAAGUGCAGCAGCUGCAGUUGCAGCAUUAUCAUCGUCACCAGCAACAACAACAACAAUAACAACAGCAGCUCUAGCGGCAGCAGCCCAACAAUCGUCGUUGGCCGCGGCAAGAGAAAGGAAAAGCAAAGGCUGAAGCAGACGGUGACGACGACGACGACGAAGAAGAAGAAGAAGGAGGCGAGACUGCCUUCUCCAACUCGGUCCAGAGGGUUGUGAGUGCGUAGCGCCGGUGUGAGGCAGGCGACGUAGCGUGGAAUUAUGUCGGAUGUGAAACGUGUGACGCUGACCACGAUAAGUGAUGUGGUAAGGAAGGGUGGUGCCGGUGGUGGACCGACUGCCUCCAUCUCCACCGGAAGCACCAUCAUGUCAUCGUCCUCCUUCGGUGGUGGAGCAUUUUCGCAGUUCGAGCUACCGACCACCGGCGCCAGUCCGUUCGCCUCCGGUUCGUCCAUGUUUGGUGGCGCAGCGGGCGCCAAGGAUGCCAUCGGCGGAGGAACACAGGGGAAUAAUAAUGGAGGCAGCGGUAGCGGAUCAUCGAAGAAGCAGAAAUCCGUGCGUCUCGAGCUGAACCUCUUCGAACCGACCGCCGACAGCUUCCCGGAGUUCAACUUCUCCAAACUGAUCCACGAAGAGCAGAAACGGCUGAAAAAGCUACAGAAGAAGCACGAUGAAGAAGCAAAUGGUUUUCUGUCCGAUCCGGAACUGGACAAUGACGUGGCCCGCAUGGCACGGGAACUGGAACUGAAGUACGGUUCCGGAUCGGCGUACGCCAGCAGCAAGAGCUCCAAGCACGCUCGACCUGCUAAGCUGGACUACUGUGAUCGCGGCGCCGGCUAUGAUGAGGAAGACUCGUUCAUUGACAACUCGGAAGCAUACGAUGAACUGAUGCCACAGGAAAUUGAAACGGUCGGUGGAGGAUUCUACAUUAAUUCGGGUCAGCUCGAGUUCAAGCAGUUGUCCAACUUUGAGCGUCCGGAAGACGCGCAGCGUAUGCCGAAACCGAAGAAACGUGCCCUGUCCACCUCCUCCGAGAGUAGCGACGGUGAGGCCGAGCAGGAAACUGCCGAAUCCAAAUCGAAAUCCCAGGAAACCACAAACGCUCAGUCUGCGGGCGAGAAGGUUGUAUCCAGCCAUAAGGAUCUCGGAGCUCAACAGCAACAGCAGCUACAGCCAGCACCAGCACAGCCAAUGGAAUGUCAGUCAGGAAAUGAAGAUGAUAAGGCCACAUCUUCCGUGGUAGCUACGGGUGGCGCAACAGCAGCCCCUACCGGAAUUCAGGACGAAAAGGUUCGGUUGAAUGGUCACGUAACGAAGAAGCAGAAGCUGAACGAUAAUGGCCAAUCAGCAGCACCGAAGGGAGGAAGUGGCACCGUGGAAGCGAUGGUUGAGGAUAAACUAGUGCAUUCUCCGGGUGCCACUGGUGUGCCAGCGGUGACCGGAGGUGAAAAAGAUACGAAAUCGAAUGGCGUGAAAGGUGGAGGAAAGUCAACCAGUUCGGCCAGUGCGACAAAAAAGGAUGAGGCAGCGGUGACCACCGCCGAGGGUGGUGGUGUGAAGACGAUAAAGACAACGACGGUGAAAGAUAUGCUGCGUGCGAAACGGGACAGCUUGCGGAAGAUGGAGCAAGAGAAGAAGGGUCGAUCGAGUGGUUCGAGCCGUGUGUCCAGCUCGGAGGCAGAGGAAGACGGUGAUGAUGGUGGAGGGGACGAGGAUGACGAGGAGGAUGAUGAGGAGAACGAUGACGAGGAUGAAGAUGAUGAGGACGACGAUGAGGAUGAGGAUGACGAUGAGGACGAGGGUAGAAGUGAGAAGAACUCACACGAUACCCGCUCCGAGGUCGACAUUGGCUCGGAUAGUGAAUCCAGUCGCGAUAGUGCCAGGGAAAAACCGGUGGCCAACGUUUCACCCAGCGUGCCAUCGACGAUGCCCAACAGCACAAUGACCAACACCACCACCACCACUACCACUACCAGUGCUGUUGCUGGUUCUAUCGUUAGUGCUACUGGUGCUGCUGCUGUUGCCGAUCCUCCGAUGAUGAAUGGGGGACCAACGGAAACAGAACUGCAACAACAGCAGCUACAAAAGCAGCAACAGAUUGAAGAACGGAAGCGAAAGGAAUGCAAACUGCCCGAUGGAAUCGGAGAGUCGCUACGCAACGACAUUGGCACGCUGGUAGAGCUGGCCAACAGUCAGCCCGGUGGCGGUGGGAAGCUUAACUAUUUCGAUAGCAAAGUGACCGAUCUGAUGCUGCAGAUCGAUGAAGCAUGCCGUAGCUACGGUGGUUCGGGUUCGAACAGUACACGGAACGUGGUAUUCCGCUAUCUGGAGGCACAUCUCUCGAUCAGUCGACAAUCGUUGCAGCUAAAACUGAAGAAGAUGCGGAUCCGGUUGCUAGAGAACCGCUCCAAGAGCACGCUGGGAAAGUUGGAAAGUACGGUGAACCAGAUGAUGCCCGCCAUUCUGGCCAAAUACGAACUGGACUGUGCGAAGGUACAGGAGAUCCGUGCUGCGCAGCAGGCACAGGCGGCCGCGACUGCUGCUGCUACUGCUGCUGCCGCCGCCGCCGCCGCUGCCAGCGUCGCAAACAGUAACAGCAUUAGUGGUUCCUCUUCGGCCACCACAUUGAUGACGAAUGGGGCGGAGAAGCCGGAAGCGUCACCGUCAGUGCCACAGGUACGCAAUCCAAAGAAACGGUUCCCCUGGAACGAUCGUUCGAGCGUGUUGCUAUGGGAACUGUUCACGCUCCGAACGGACAUGUACGCGCUGGUGCGGCCACGCAACGAAACGCAGGAAGAGUUUGUGGCCGAAUAUCUGCGCACCCGGGUGGUACCGCUGUGGCCGAAGGGAUGGAUACGGUACGAGGAUCUACAGAAGGAGCUCGAUCGCCGGAAAAAGGUGUUGGCCAAGAUUCAAGGAGCUGCCGCUGGUAUCGGUGGUGGUGCUGCUGCUGCUUCUGGUUUGAAGGAACCACACAGCAAGAAACCAAUCAUCAUGCUUUCACCACUAACUUCACCUGGUCUACCGGAAUCGACUGGCACGAAGAUGAACGGGGUGCCAAGUUCCGCCACCGAUAUGACGAUGAGUACCGGCGGUUCUCAGCGGAGCACCAGCAGCCAAUCGACGAGUGGCAGUAAAUCGAAGCAAACGGACUCGAACGAAAGAUCACCGUCAGUUGCCACUGGUGUUGCCACUUCCACUGCCAGCCUCACCGGUGUUCUCCCGUAUAUGGGCGAUGGAUUGUCUCCGAAUCAUUCUUCCCUCCACAAGCGUACCUCCGAUCAUAGUAUUAGCAACAUCAUGAACUCACCUCCCCUUCCACCGCCGGCCAGCACCAUGGACAGCCGACAUUCUCCGGGCGAAGCCAACCGGAGUGCUAGCGGACGAAGCAAUCACAGCGGCAAUCGACGAUGCUCGUUCGACGACGAUCAUUCGGCGGGGUCACAUGCACAGCAACGACUCGAACCGGUAGUGGUAAGCUCUACGAGCUCCAAGGAUGGUUCCUCGCCUCGCCGGGUACACUUUCCAGGGGUCACCGAUGGCAAGGGAUCUUCCUCGCAUCAUCAUCAUCAUCAUCAUCGAAGAACGAGCCGCGAAGAGGACAGUGACAGUAGCAUUGAAAUCAUUGCCGAGUACAGCAUGACCGCCGGUGGUGGAGUUCAUGGAUCGAAAGGAUCGGGCAUAAUGAGCGGAACGAAUCUUUCCCCCAUGGGCGGUACGAACCUGCCCGUGCUUAACCGGGAAAAGUAUAAGAAUCUGAUCGCUGGCAAGACCAAAUCGGGUUCCACGACGUCUUCGCACGCUGGCAGUCCCGUCGCCUCGAUGGAUCUUCCCUCUCCGAUGGGAACGCCCGGUAGUUCAUCCGGGUCCGGAUUGAAAUAUUCCAAACAUUCACCGGCCGGUGCCGUCAGUGGAUCUACGUCUGCAUCACCUUCUUUCAAUAGUAGUUCCAUGUCUAAUGCCGCUGUUGGGAGUGGUGGUAGUGCGACUGGUUUGCCCUUUGCGAUCCCAUCAGGUGCGGUGAGCAGCGGUGGUUCCUCGCUGGACAUUGUGGAUAUGCAGCAGAUAAUGAAAGAUCUCAAGGAGUUACAGGAGCUACAACAGCAUCACAAUGUCGGUGGAAACAAUGGCAGCAGUAACCGUAAAGUGCCGGAUACCUCAACGUUGCAGAACCAACAACAGCACCAGCAGCAGCACCAGCAGCAACCACCACAUAAUGCUGCACGUCCAUCGGAUUACUUUAUCGACUGUGAUAUGGAUGACGAUGGCGAAGAUCUGGUGUUCUCCAGGGACAACUACCCGUACGGUCCACCGUAACGCUACCUCUGUCUGCGAAGCCAAUUUGUCAAUCCCAAGUCAUCCGUAGCAUCUCAGUACGUCACUAGUGCCACUUGCCUGCUGCUCCUGCUGCUGCUGCUCCUGUUGUCAUCACCGAGAAACCUCAUUUCAUCUCAGUUCCUUUGCUCGUUCCAACUAGUUUUAUGUGCCGUUGGCGUUAUUCCUUGAUUUCGUUCGUUCAUUGGAGCAGAUUCCCCAAGCAAACUGCCAAAUGGCGAAGACGCAGGUACCAUACUCGUGGAUUGACCGACGGAUUGUAGCCGAAAGUAUUUUCGUUCCUUAUGAGGCAGGCAGCUGGAUAGGUCAUAACGAUCGUUGGUGGAUCCGGGCAGCAUUCAAGGAUUUCUUAAGCGGAUAAGUCAAGAGCAAUGCGUUGCGCUAGCUUAACCAUUCAGUUCAGCCUUUACCUUUCCAUUUCAAGACCUCAUUUGUGGGCGUGUAUGGUCAGUUUGUGGAAACAUUGCUCUCCAGACUACCGAACGCCUCUGGGAGCUUUUUUUGUGGUUUCACUUUAAAUCUAUUUAUCGCUAUUUUUUUUUCAUCCUUCUAUAUCUUUCCAAGACGUUUAGUGUCAUUUCGUUAGUUCUUUCACAAUCAACUACUAUGUUCCUCAUUCGCGCGCCGGUUUAUUAAACAGCCGCGUCUAACUGCACGGGAUGUACAGCAUUGUAAAUGAUGAGGAUAAAAAUGUUGUUUGUUAAACACAAUUCGAUGGCAUCAGCAACGAUAGCAGCAGAAGGAAAUUUGUUGUAAAACGAACUUAGUCAGUACUAGCUAGGUGUGUAUAUUGCGUGCGUGUAAGGUAAAUCGCAGUACGAGAAUGAAUAAAUCGAACCGAAAAUCUGAUGUCUACUCUCGGAUAACGGAAGAUCUAACUGGA